AAAAGGGGGAAAAGUGCCGGGAGAUAGUGGGCGAGGACGAGGGCGAGGGCACGGCCGGGGCCCGGCCGGCCAAAGGAGGCUCGCGGAGCAGCAGCCGCCGCCGCCGCCGCCCGACCGCAGCUGGAUUUUGAAGAUUGAUCCAAGGGACUGUAUUAAUUUGAUUUGAAAGACACUGGCUCUGCCACUUAACAGCCAUGUAACCUUGGAUAUGGAAGAAAGCAGCAGUGUUGCCAUGUUGGUGCCAGACGUUGGAGAACAGGAAGGUGUCCUGACUGCCGAAAGUAUCAUCAGUCCUUCGCUGGUAAUUGAUGAGCAAAGGAAAGCUAAAACAGACCCAUUAAUCCAUGUUAUCCAGAAGUUAAGCAAGAUAGUGGAGCAUGAAAAGUCACAAAAAUGUCUUUUAAUUGGGAAAAAACGCGGACGUUCAAGUGCUGUAACACAUUCUCUUGAAACCCAAGAACUUUGUGAGAUUCCAGCUAAAGUAACCCAGUCACCUGCUGCUGGUACUAGAAGUGCUGAGAUGUCACAAACAAAUCUUACCCCCGACCCUCUUGCCCAGAGCGAUGGGAAGGCUAUGUCUUACCAGUGCAGCCUUUGUAAGUUCCUUUCAUCCUCUUUUCCUGUGUUAAAAGAUCAUAUCAAGCAGCAUGGUCAGCAGAAUGAAGUGAUCCUGAUGUGCUCAGAGUGCCAUAUCACUUCUAAAAGCCAGGAGGAACUUGAAGCUCACGUGGUAAAUGACCAUGAAAAUGAUGCCACUGGUCACACUCAAGCCAAAGCCCAGGAGGGCGCAAGCUCUUCCAGCUCCUCACAGCAGAGAGCAAUGGAAGGAAGCAGUGAGCCUGUUCCCGGUGUCCCUGGACUCGUGAACAGUCCACAAACACACGCGGCCCCGACCUCUGCCGGGGCAGGAAUGGGCCGGAGGAAGUGGUACGCCUAUGAGCAGUACGGCAUGUACCGCUGCUUGUUCUGCAGUUACACCUGCGGCCAGCAGAGGAUGUUGAAGACACACGCCUGGAAGCACGCCGGGGAGGUGGACUGCUCCUAUCCCAUCUUUGAAAAUGAAAACGAGCCCCUGGGCUUGCUGGAUUCUUCAGUGGCUCCUGCCCCCGGCGGGGUCGAUGCUGUCGUCAUUGCCAUUGGAGACAGUGAACUCAGUAUCCACAACGGACCGUCAGUCCAAGUGCAGAUCUGCAGUUCACAACAGUUAGCCUCAUCACCCCCUUUAGAACAGAGCGCAGAAAGGGGCAUGCCCCUAGGCCAGUCAGUUACCCUUGACCCUAGCGAGGAAGAAAUGCUAGCUGUGAUUUCUGACACAGAGGAGAACCUGAUGGCUGAUAGCCUGCUCUCAUCAGCACAGAAAAUCAUCAGCAGUAGCCCGAACAGAAAAGGUCACGUUAAUGUGAUAGUGGAGCGACUGCCAAGCGCUGAAGAAACUCUUUCACAGAAACAUUUCCUCAUGAAUGCUGAAAUCGAAGAGGGGAAAAACCUGAGCCAGACAGAAGCCCAGAUUGGGUGUGAAGGAACGGAUGAUGUUUACCGUGCUGAUAAAUGUACUGUCGAUAUCGGGGGGUUGAUCAUAGGCUGGAGCAGCGCAGAGAAGAAAGAUGAGUUAAUAAGUAAAGGCCUGGCUGCUGAUGAGAACGCCCCACCAGGCCGAAGGAGGACAAACUCUGAGUCUCUUAGACUACACUCAUUAGCUGCAGAAGCCCUUGUCACGAUGCCUAUAAGGGCUGCAGAGCUGACGAGGACCAACCUCGGGCAUUAUGGAGACAUAAACCUCUUAGAUUCAGGCACUGGACAAAGGCAAGUAGACAGUAGUACCUUGGCAGCAUAUUCAAAAAUGAUGUCACCACUUAGAAACUCGCCAGAUGGAUUGCCUAGCUUUAACCAAAGUAACUCCACCUUGGUAGCGCUCCCGGAGGGAAGGCAAGAAUUGUCAGAUGGGCAAGUGAAGACGGGCAUCAGCAUGUCCUUACUCACCGUAAUUGAGAAGUUAAGAGAAAGGACAGACCAGAAUGCUUCAGAUGAUGACAUUUUAAAAGAGUUGCAGGACAAUGCCCAGUGCCAGCCCAGCAGCGAGGCGAGCUUGUCGGCAAACAGUGUGGUGGAGUACAUCCCCAAUGCCGAGCGGCCCUACCGCUGCCGCCUGUGUCACUACGCGAGUGGCAACAAAGGCCACAUGAAGCAGCACCUGCGAGUCCACCGGCAGAGGCAGCCCUACCAGUGUCCCAUCUGUGAGCAUGUCGCCGACAGCAGUAAGGGUCUGGAGAGCCACAUGAUCAACCACUGUAAGGCCAGGAUAUACCAGUGCAAGCAGUGCCAGGAAUCUUUCCAUUAUAAGAGUCAACUGAGGAAUCAUGAGAGGGAGCAACACUGUCUUCCAGACACCUUGUCAGUAGCAGCUUCUACCGAGCCAAGUAUCACCAGCGAUACAACUGAUGGGAAAUGUGUUCAGGAAGGUAACAAGUCUUCAGUGCAGAAGCAGUAUAGAUGUGACGUGUGUGAUUACACGAGUACAACCUACGUUGGUGUGAGAAACCACAGACGAGUCCAUAAUUCUGAUAAGCCAUACAGAUGCUCUCUGUGUGGGUACGUGUGCAGCCACCCUCCCUCCCUGAAGUCCCACAUGUGGAAACACGCGAGUGACCAAAACUACAACUACGAGCAGGUGAACAAGGCCAUCAACGACGCCAUUUCACAAAGCGGCAGAGUUCUGGGGAAAUCCCCUGCAAAGACUUUGUUAAACAGCAGUGAGGAGAAAGCCAAUCCCGUCACCGCAAGUUCAGAACAUUUGGUGUCGUCUUCAGAACUGAUUUCCCAGACUCCUCCGAGUGAAGCUGUAGGUCCCAACGAGAACGAGAAACUGAGCUCUACAAAUAAUACCUCAUAUAGUUUAGAAAAAAUCUCCAGUCUGGCCCCUCCUGGGAUGGAGUACUGCGUCUUACUUUUCUGUUGCUGCAUCUGUGGUUUUGAAUCAACCAGCAAAGAAAAUCUCCUAGAUCACAUGAAAGAGCAUGAGGGUGAGAUUGUCAACAUCGUCCUGAAUAAGGAGCACGGCGCAGCCCUGGACACUAGCUAGAGGGCGGCCGCUCAGGGGGACAGCCGUGCAAGAGGGCUUUAAGCCACAGUCAGAUAACUAACAGACACGGAAGAAAUAGUUGGUGUGAUUUUUGAGGAAUGACAGAUACGACUCUGGAACCAAACUUGUAAUCUGAUCAAGGGACUUCUAACUGAAUAAGCAGUAAUAUAAUACUUAAAUAUUUUGAGUGAGGGGAAGGGGAUUAAGGAGGAAGCAAAGAUGUAAUCCUGUGUUAACUUUCUGUCACUUCUUCCUAAUGUUGGGUAUAUUUAUUAAUAAAAGCUCACUGUAGUGUAGAAAUGCAAGCUAAAGAGUUAAGAAAGGGCUUUUCAGGAACUAUUCUAAACCUUGUUAUAGAAGUGUCACCAUCUAGCGGCUCAGUUUUCUUGUCACUUUUGACAUGCCAACUCCAGAAUGAUAGGCAUCCUCCUGUGAGAAGUGGCAGCUCAGAGGAUCUUUUUUAGUGAGGGUAGGUUGUCACCACAGUCAACAAGGAAACAGGUAACUAACGGGCUUUGAACCGAUCUGCUUGAGUCCCUAAAGAGAUAAGAAUUAAUGAUAGGCUCAAUCUAAGAUCUUUUCCUUUACUCCUUAAAAAACAAAGAAGACCUCUAAAUUCAAAUCUGGAUUGUAAAUAGGCCCUUAAGAAAUAAAUUACUGUCUUAAAUUUACAGUGAAUUUCCUGUGCUCAAAGGAGGAACUAGGUGACCUCCCAUCAGACUCAGACCAGACCUCCGGCUCACAGAGUGGUAACUGGUUGAGCUCAGGACCCUGUGAAAGGUUCUCUUCAGAAUGUUGGUCAGAACACGGGCCACUUUCUCCAGGAUUAUAGUGACCUUCUCAUCCUCUCUGCUAAACAAGACCACACUUGUUACUGAAAGUGUCUGUUAAAACAUGGAAUUUUCCAUUUGGUCAUUAGACUUUGAAAAGAGUUUGAACUAUUUCCAAAAAUGAGGGUGAGAUUCGGAAGCCCCUUAGAAGGAGGACAGCAACAGCGAUUUUCCUUCCUGGAGUUUUUAACAUCAUUAUAUUUAGCAGAAGAAGAAAAACCAAAUAUGACUGAAAUCUAGAAAAAAAUUCAGGUUGUUUAUAGAAAUUUUAAUAACAGAAAGCAUUUGGCAAGUCCAGAGGACUUCCACCUAGGAAAUUCCAUUCUGUCAGGGUGUGAUAGGACAAACCCAGGAAAAUGCUUUCACAUUAAAAUCUGCCACCAAAUGGAUGUAAUAUUCUUAUUAAUAACACAUUUUGUAUUAUAAUUUAUUUCAAAGAGUGAAGAAAAUGAUGUUCUUGUUUUUGUAGUUCUGGUCACUUACACGUUGUUUUGUUAAAGUAAAUUCUGUCUAUGAGUCAAAAGUCCAGUGUAGUAGAGGGCCACCGUCUCCAGGGCACUGUUUCUGAGCAUCUGAACACUUUCAACACCAAUUUCUAACAUCAAGAAUCGAGGCUGUGAUUCUGACAAACUUACUUUUUGAAUGGGAUACUAUGUAGGCACGUUUUAGGAAAGAAUUUUGUUCCCAAAGUCCCAGGAUGAAUUAAAUGAGUUGAUAUUUUUAAAAUUAUUACCAUUAGAAACUAUCUUUAGUGAGGCCAGGCAUUUUGAAACAUUGUCUGAUUUGCUUUUUUAAUCUCAUGUUGAUGAUGAUAUUUAAACAAGCAUAAGUGAUUGUAACUUCACAGCUUUUUUAUUGAGUUACCUUUAAUUUGUUUACGAAAGUAAUCUGUUUCUGAUGUGGUUUUUAAAUAGAUGAAACGAAUUUAUAGAUACUAAAUUAUAUUCCCUAAUCCGCUGCAUGUGGAUUUAUAUUCAUUUUCUCCAGUUUUCAGAAUUGAAAUAUUUGUUUCAAAUUCAAAUAAAAAUUCUGAAUAGUUUGAUUAAAUUAUCAUAUUGUUGCCACUCAUAAAUCAGUUUUUCCAUUGCUGGUAACUGGCUCAUUGUUUCUAUAUAAAAAUCUUUUAUUCUGAAAAUUAGCAACCUUACGAAUUUUUUUGUAUAAAAUUUCCUUGGCUUUAAUUUUAUGUAAUAUUUGGAAAAUAGUAAUAACCAAAAAACUCCCAACUUUCAGCAGCGUGAAUUUUUAAAUUACCUAUCUUCAUUUCCUUAAACCACUUAAUGUUUCUUAAAUUUUCCAUAUGGAAUCAUGGAUUUAAAAUUUCCCCAACUUAUGGGGAAAAAGUAACCCAAAAGUUUGGAGCUUCUCCUUUCCUCUGAUUCUGGCCUUGGACUAUCCUUGAAGCUUUCCCGUGGCCGCUGGAAAGAGUGUGCAUCAGGGAUGUUCUGUACCUUUGCAUGGUCGUUUGUGGUAAGCCUUAAGUUGGCAAUGUCUCUACCAAGAAAAAUUGAGUUUUCUAAAAGGUGUAAUGAAGAUUAAACAUGCAAUUAUAAUUGCAGGAGAGAUAGCUGUUAAAAUAAUCAGUAGGAACUCCCUCUACAGGAAUGAUGUUUUACUUACUGGCACAGACUUUCUUCAUACAAAGCUCAUACUUGUUUGUUUUCUGCUCUGAACACUUAACAUUCUAAGAUUUGAUAGUAAAAAAAUAGUUCUUAAAGGAUAUGGCACUGGUGGGAAAGGGGUAAAAUGAUGCAUUCUGGUCAUUAUACAUAACACUUCACAGGCUUGUAUCAUUUUCUCCCUUUCUCUUGAUAUUCCAGAAUAGGGUUGGCACCUCCAGUUUUCCGAGAAGACCACGCUGAUAUUCCAUUUCAUCUGCAUACUGAGUUCCGGGGCCGACAGUGCAGUGUUCUGGCCCUGCCUCAAGCCUUUGUUGUAGAUCUGGCUUCCCGUUCAGGCAGCUGGCGAUGGCUUCCUAAUCGUUUUCUCUGUUUUUUUCUCACAAAGCAAGUGCUGGGCCUCCAUGUUUACAUUGUACUUCCCCACAGUGCACUUGCUUUGACAGAGACAAGCAGGCUUCUCUAUUGCAACUUAGUGUGUUUUUAGUUUUCAUAGAUACUUAUUUAAUCUUUUUUUAUUGUACAGCAAGGUGCUCUGAGUAAUAUUCAAAAAAAUAUAUUUAAUAGAAAUUUGAGUUUGAUAUUCAUGGACAUGAAUCCUUGUAUUUUUUUAAGAAAUGCAUAUUGUAUAACACCAUGGCAUUGCUUCUAUAGCCAAAGUAUGAAAAUUUCUGGAACACUGACUGUAGAAGACUACAGUUAAUUCUGACAUUGUCUAACUAGAGCAGGAUGAUUGGCAUUCUGUGAGGUUAUCCUGCACACUGAGCUGCAUGCCUUAAAGCUGAGUCUCUGGGGUCGUGUUCAUGGAGGGGCAGUGAAUAUGUUCAGAACAGUGAAGCAAGGUCUAUAGUGCUUCUCUAACUACCUUUGAAAAUACUGUACAGUGUUAGAAUAAUUUAUUUUGCUUUAUAGGAGUCUGUCAUGUAUGGACUUCAAUAUUGUAUUUUGGUAAUAAAUUUUUUGUUAAAAAAAAUUGCCUCUAAGUUUUAUUAACAAGUUAUAUCCAUUCUUAUCUUACAAGUGCUGAUUUUAUUACCUAGAAAGUUGUAUUUAAAUGAUCAAAAGCAUCCCAUAAACUAAGGCUUAUGAUUACUCUUUGGUAACUAAUUAAAGUGUUGUUGGCUGCCAUACAAUUGUGUUACUCAAACAAUUGUAAAAGCAUUUGGCUUUUUAAAUCAUUUCGGAAAUUCAGUUUGCUUUGAAGAGUUUUUCCCUUGCUCCGCAGUUCAUUUUUUCUUCCAAAUCACACGCUGUGUCAUGGGCAUUCAGUCGUGAUGUAGUCGAAGUGCUGAAACCUAGUUCUGCUAAUGACAGGCAGCCUUGUUUAGUGAAGGUCAAAGAUUGACAUCAUGUGUUCACACCUUGAGCAUUUCAGGUCUGUAUCAAAUGUCUUUAGACCUCAGAUUUUUCGCAUUGGCAAAUGAAGCUAACAUCAUCUGAUUGUAUCAUUUAUCUGGUUAUCGAUUUCUGCCCUAGAAUCCUGAGCCACCUCAGUUGACAGUGACUGAGGCCAAUCUCUUCUACUCAUAUGCUCCCCACGGGCAACCCAAUCACAUACCUUGUCUUUGAACCAAAUCUCAAGAUUGUAUCACUAAACUUUAAAUAAGUUGUAGGAAACCUAGCAUGGAAGAUCUGGAACAUAGUGGUCUAAUUGGUAAGCAGUAGCCACAUGUGGCUAUUGGCAAGCACUUAAAAUAUGGUGAAUGUGCUGUAAGUGUACAUAACAGUUACACAGACUUAGUGCAAAAAGAACUCUAAAGUGUCUUAUUAAUAGUUUUUUUAUAUUGAUUACAUGUUGAAAUGAUAUUUUGGAUAUAUUGGGUUAAAUAAAAUAUUA